AACAGUUCGAUUAGAGAACACGAACAACCCAGCUGCCUACCUAACCACAAAAUUUGGAAGUAGUUUGUGGUUUGGGCGAUUGUCUGUUGAAGCAGUUUUUAAUAAAAAACCGAUAUAAAGAAAUAGCCGAAUAUACAUCGGGCACAAGAACGGUUGCAGGUCGAAGACUACACUGACGAUAGCUUGAACCUGAAGUUUCUUUUUCAAGUAUGGCAGUGUUUCUAUAGAGAUGUCAUGAAAACUGUGACAUGGAAAUAAGGAAAUUAAAAGCUAGCUGUUUAUAAGAAAAUCAAAUAAUUUAGUUGAAUACCAGGUAGCCAGCAAGAUACAAUGUUUCGGGUUACACUUGUUUUUAGUGCUUCGAAACUUCUGCCAGUUCGUACGGCUACAUCGCUUGCUCGAGCCCCGCCAGUAGGCAAACGACCUUCACGCUGUUCGUCUACAACAGUUCUAGACAAAAAACACUUUAGCAGCGAUGGUGGCAAAAAGAAGGUGCCCUCAAUUAAGCAGUGCGAACCCCCAAACGAACUUAAUCAGUUGCCUCAGCCCCAAGGUUCUUGGGGCGAAAAUGAGCAAAAAUAUAACCAGAAGGGGCGCAAAGUGUUACUCUUUGGAGUUUUAUUUGCCUCCGCUUCGCUCGGAGCUCUGUAUUAUGUUGGAUUGUUUGGACGAGCUCCAAAGAAAAGCAGACAGCCAGAGAAAAUCAAAAGCAGAAAAGGCAAUACUGUAGGAUUUAAAGAUCCCGGCUCCUCCCAGGAUAUUCCAAAAGAAGUUCCUUAUCUGCUGAUCGGAGGAGGAACUGCCUCCUUCACUGCAUUUCGAGCUAUUAAGUCAUCCGACCCUACUGCAAAGGUGUUGAUCGUAUCGAACGAGCCCUAUUUUCCUUAUAUGCGACCUCCUCUUUCCAAAGAGAUUUGGUUCAAUCCGGAUCGAGAUGUUGCAAAAAGUCUCACCUUCAAACAGUGGAAUGGCUCAGAAAGAAGCUUGUUUUAUGAGCCAGAGGAUUUUUAUAUACAUUGCAAGGAUUUGCUGGAAAGUGAAAAUGGAGGCGUAGCCGUCGCCCGAGGAUGGUCUAUAAAACGCUUAGACGUUUUGAACAAAGUUGCCGUUUUGGACGAUGGAGAACAAGUUAAAUAUGAGAAAUGCUUGAUAGCGACAGGCGCCACACCUCGUCUAACGCCAGUGUUCGAAGUGGCACUCGCCGAUGAAAACCUCAGAAAUAACAUCAAGCUAUUCCGAAACAUCGAUGACUUUAAGGAUGUGUUUGAGGCCUUUGAGGCAGCCAAAGCCGUGGCCGUAGUUGGCGGUGGGUUUCUUGGCAGUGAACUGGCUUGUGCGUUUGGACGGAGAGAUCACAAAAAGCUCAAAGUCAUUUAUCAGAUAUUUCCCGAAAGCGGAAAUAUGGGCAAGCUUCUACCAGAAUAUCUCAGCAUGUGGACUUCCGAGAAAGUACGAGCUGAAGGUGUCCAAGUUGUUCCCAAGACGGAAAUUGUUGGGGCAAAGGCGAAAAACGAUCAAGUAGAACUCACACUCAGCAGUGGUAAAACGCUACUAGUAGAUUUUGUGGUGGUAAGCGUUGGUGUUGAGCCAAAUACUGAACUAGCUGAAACAUCCGACUUGGAAGUCGACCCAGAAUUGGGCGGGUACUUAGUUAACACUGAACUACAGGCCAGAACAGAUUUAUACAUUGCAGGCGAUUGUGCAUGCUUUUACGAUCCACGUUUAGGCCGUCGUCGAAUAGAACACCAUGAUCAUGCUGUCGUUUCCGGACGGUUAGCAGGAGAAAAUAUGGCUGGUGCCCGCAAUCCUUACUUGCAUCAAAGCAUGUUCUGGAGCGAUUUGGGACCGGAAGUAGGUUACGAGGCCAUUGGCAUUGUGGAUUCCUCUCUUCCAACAGUUGGAGUCUUCGCCAAGCAAUCAGUCAAUGAUACGCCUCAAGCUGUCGUCGAAAAAACUGAUGAAUUCGACCGCUCAAAGACUGAACAGCUACCUCAAGAAUGUGAAAAAUACUUGUCUGAAGAAGAAAAAAGCAAGUUGAAAGACUCAAAGAAAUUGUUGCCAAAUCCCAUCGACGGUGAAGAUUAUGGAAAGGGAGUAAUAUUUUAUUUGCGCGAUGACGUGGUGGUGGGCAUUGUAUUGUGGAACGUUUUCAAUAGAAUGUCGAUAGCUCGACAAGUGCUUAAAGACCAAAAGAAAUACGACGAUCUGAAUGAGGUCGCAAAGCUCUUCAAUAUACACGGAGAGGAAUAAACACUUCUUAUUGAAUGCUGCAUAACGGUGUAAAAGACAGUAGCAGUGAUGAUUAUUUCGCAUGUCUUUAUUGCUAAAGAUAUUCGUAUUUAUUAGUUUCGUAUUAAUAAAAGUGUAAUAAGAAUAAGAUGUCCUAGUGAAUGGUUUGUUGAAAUUGAAAAUAAAUGGUAUCUAUUUGUAUAUCAUGA